ACUUUCGAAUGACAGCCAUGUCUACAAGCGCCUAUACGGCUCUGAUGUCAAGUAAACGCAAGCGUGAUGAAGCUAACGGAUUUAUAAUGAACGGAAAUGGUCAUGCUCCAAUGGAAACUGAUACUAACGAAAACAAAAAGUCAAGAAUUGAAUAUGUUGAAACUGUUCCAUCAAAAGUUGUUCAUAUUCGUAACAUGCCAGACGAUGCUACAGAACAUGAAAUCGCUCUUCUCGGCAUCCCGUUCGGUUUGCUAGAAAACAUGGUGCUUUCUAAAAAAGCUAACCAGGCUCUGUUGGAAAUGCAAUGCCUAGAGAGUGCGAUCAUGAUGGUUUCGUACUAUCGCGAAUACCAAGUUACGCUAAGAGGACGCACUCUGGUCAUGCAGUAUUCUAAACACCAACAUCUCGAAUUACAUUCGGAAAACAGUAGCAUAGGCAAUGCAAUUCAGAACGCAAAUUGCAUCGUUCAACAGGAUCUCAGUGGCGCUAAUUCUGGGAUGCCUACUACAGUUCUGCGUGUUGUCGUUGAUAACAUAAUGGGACAGCAGAUCAACCAUACUAUUCUACACAAGAUAUUUUACCGAUAUGGAAAAAUACUAAGAAUUGUUACCUAUCUGAAAAACAACCAGUAUCAUGGAUUAGUCGAGUUUGGUAAUCAUAUUCAUGCAUUUGUUGCAAUGCUACAUUUAAACGGCCAAAACAUAUACACUGGAUGCUGUUCCCUGCGUGUGCAAUUUUCGAAAAAUCGUGGUCCAUUGGAAGUUCGUCAAGAGAGUGAUAAAUGCAGAGAUUAUCUCAAUAAUCCACUAACUGAGGAGGAGUUAAUGUCUCUUCGAAGACCCACAGCUGGGAGUGAAAGACAUCAUAGCAACAAUCCUGGUCAUGUUUCUUCAAAUUUCCAAAAUUCCGUCGUACCGAAUAUGGCACACCAAGGUAUCCAUCUCCCGGUUGGGAUGAUUGCACCUCCAAAUACGAGCAAUAUGGGGAUUAACGAACUAACUGCUCAGUUAGCAGCACUAGCUCAGCAGUCAGGUUUGGCUCUUACUCCUGCAGCAGUAGCUGCCACUGCAAGUUUCAUGGCUCUUACAUCACAAAAUAGCGGUCCAGGUGCUCAGUCUAUGUCAGGAACUCCUAAUCUGUCUACUAUACUAGCAGCACUUCAGGGUGGUGCUGUUCAAACUGGGGUUCUCCCCCAUAUGUCUGGCGGUAACACAAGUGUUAUGGGAUCUGUGCAGACACCUGUCUCUUCUCACGUGACGCCUGUUGGAGUUCGUCCCCCUCCUAAUAAUAAUGGAAGUACGGUCCUGAUUGUAUCAAAUCUGAACGAAGAUAGGGUUUAUCCGGAUGCUCUUUUUACACUUUUUGGUGUAUAUGGAGAUGUCACUCGCGUGAAAAUUAUGUUCAAUAAGAAAGACACAGCCCUGAUUCAAUUUACCGAUCCUCACCAGGCUCUUACAGCUUUACAGUUUCUCAAUGGCCAGCGCCUCUGGGACAAACCGAUGAAAAUUGCAGUGUCUCGACAUAAUAUUGUUCAGCUACCGAAAGAGGAUACUGAAAAUGGUUUGACCAAAGAUUAUACUAACAGUCUGUUGCAUCGUUUUCGAAAGCCCAAUUCAAAAAAUUUUCAAAAUAUUUACCCUCCAAGUCACGUUCUACAUUUGAGUAACAUCCCUCCUUCGGUAACUGAAAACGAUAUACGUGUGUUAUUUGCAACUAAAGGAUUUGAAGUUACUGGGUUUCGGUUUAUGAAGGAUAACAAAAUGGCACUCGUGCAGUUGGAAACAGUUGAUUUGGCUAUUCAGUCUCUUAUCGAAUUGCACAACAGUCAGUUGACAGAAAAUUCUCACUUACGGAUCAGCUUUAGUAAAUCGGCUGUUUGAAAUAUGUUGUUUUUCCUACCAUAUUGCAUGUAAUGCUGAUAGCUGUCUGUCAGGAAAUAAUCUUGCAUACUAUCCGUGCUCUCCCAGCCUACCUUUAUUCGAAGGUUUGAUUUUAUCUUCUCAAUUUUCAUAUUGGCGUUAUCAUGUUGAUAGUCAUCAAAAAAUGUAUUUAACGGUAUCAUAUUUUUGUUUUUUUUUUCGCUUUUUAAGUGGGAAUUUAAAAAAUGCGCUUGAAAUCAUGUAACAGUUGUGUCUCCAAAUAAUUUUUCAGACAAUGGUAUUGCUUAGAGUAAAAGUUACUAUUUUCCAUGUCUUUAUCAAUGGAGGCACAAAGAUGUGGAGUCACUACGAAUGAUGUAAUAUCAAGGAUGCAAUAGUAUGAUUAUUAUGCUGAGGUAUACUUUGAUGGCUUUUGUCGAAUUUUUAUAUGUAAGUGGAAUGCAGCGUCUACACUUCGCCUCAGCCCAUAACGCGUUAUCGUUUGAAGCAAAAGGUACUGGGUUUUAAUCUAAGUGUGAACGUUAAUACUCUGAUCCAGGUCAUCCAUAUGACUAGUCACAAAUUGAGAGUAACACGUCCUAGCUUCCACCAUUAACCACAAUCCAAAUUCAAUGUCUUUACUAUUUAUGAAUUAAUAAUAAACAUUUUUAAUGUUGUACGGAUAAAAGUCUACAUGUAUUUAGCUGUUUUAUUUAAUCUUGUAUCCUGAAAACUAACAAAAAUGUACUCAGACCACCACAUGUCUUGAAAGUAAAGUUCUAACAGCAAAAUUCAAAUCAGUGGUGAAAUUUGUACUUCACUCACAGACUGUUGACAUAGUAAGCGGCACUACUAGUGCAUUUGGUGGCACGACAAGUAAAGGAGGCUAAAAGGAAUGAAGCGGUUAGUCAUUUAUUUCACUAAUUGAGAAUAACUAUGCGGAAAAUACUAUUCAAACCAUUCCAAUAAAAAUGUCUCUGAGUAUGGAUCGCAAUGCAUCCUUAUCUACUGGUCCACUGUAUUAAUUAACAAAACGUUAUUAUAAGAAUUAACAUAUUACAUGAGUCAUAUUUUCAAAACGUCGCUAUUAAUUUCAAAUGAUCUCUCGUUCAGUUGUAAAUAGUUGGAAACUUAUACAUAUUUAGUGUGUUUUGAUUAUAAACAUCCAUGCUGUUCAAAUAAUGAAGAAUACUGGCACAUUUUAAGAUUUCUACUUCAAUGUCUUUAAGAAGUAUGCCAAUACCUAUGAUAUGUGCUUUGAACAAUCCAAGUGCAUAGUAUUUUAACAAGAUUGGCAAAACCCUGAACCUGAACUCACUCUGGGUAGUAAGCGGAUAGAAGUAGUCGAGCAGUUCGUGUAUCCGGUAGCUGCGUAUAUACUGGCGAUGGUGUGAGUGAUGAGAUCAAUUCACAUACAGUGAAAGCCAGAGCGAGUUAUGCCAAUCUAGACCAUCUUUGACGCCUUCGUGAUGU